CUGUUAGAAACCACGUGGCCCUCGUCUGAUCUCACAGCUCGUCCUUGUUUGGCCUCAGCUGCAUCAGAGCUCCACUUCUCCCCAGGUUCACCAGAGGAAACACCACUCAACUAAAUGCUUUUCCUCCCAGCUGCUGCUCUGUGCUGUCUGUGUUCAGCGCUGGCUGCCAUGGCAACACAGCUGAUUCAGGAUGAUUUAACAUUGACCAGGAGAGUUGGUGGAGACGUCUCCUUCAGCUGUCGAGGCACUGAGCAGUGUAAGGGCACUUACGGAUCUGUAUUCUACCAGAAGAGAGACAAAGAAACAUUCAUAGUGAUUCUUGUUAUUGCCAAGAGUAAUACCAUAUAUAAGGGAUACAAUCAUCCUCAGAUAGAUGAUUUCUCAGUUGUGAAUGAACAGAACGGCUGGGAGUUGCAGAUCCAGAAGGUUAAACUCAAUCACUCAGCCACCUACUACUGCUCCUGCUACUAUGGAGGGCACUUGAUUUUUGGCUCUGGAACUAAACUGAUUGUAACAGAUGAGCCGGUAGUGAAGCCCGUGGUGAGCGUGUACCCAGCAGCAUCCAGAGCCCACCUGGAGGGGAAGAGCUCCCUGCUGUGUCUGGCCUCAGCCAUGUUUCCUCCUCUGGUCCAGUUCUCCUGGAAAAGACGAAAGGAGAAUGGUCCUCUGGAGGAGCUGCCCUCUGAUGAGGGAGAACAGCUGGAGAUCAGAGAGUCAGGACACACCGCCUCCAUCUUGCUGAUCCAUCAGCAAGAGAACAGCACAUAUAAAUACCGCUGUGACGUCCUACAUGAGGGGGGCACAGUGGAGGCCCAAACAGAACAAGAGGUUUCCAUUCUUCCACCACCACUUCCAACAGCAGCUUCUGUCCCGUCUCAGUACCAAGUGAAGCUACUCUGUCUGAUGUACACACAGCUGAUAGUGAAGAGUCUGGUGUACUGCUGUGGACUCUCUCUGCUGAUGAUCCUCAAAAACAAGGGACCAUCCACCAGCUGAACACAUGCUGACUGACUGUUUUCUGCUCGACUUUUCUCGCCAUCAAAUCUCAUCAAUUUAUCUCUUUUAUCACUUUUAUCAGUAUUCACAAAUGUUAUGUUAUGAAUUUAUGUAGUUGUCAUCCUAACAACAUAAAUACAUAUAUCGUGCGGUAUAUGGGGCAAAGGUAUUUAAACAUUCACUUUCAUAAAACUUGAAAUACUUAAGUUUACUUAAUGUAGGUAAUCAACUGGAGAGGUUUCAUGGUCAUAUCUGUUAGUUUAAAUGGACACUUAUUUACCUGUAGAGUCUUAAUUUCAUAAUCCAUAUCUUCAUAGGUUUUGUUCUAAUACUCUGAACCAGAAAUCUCCACUUCAGUAGCACUUACAUAAACCAAACUUUACUAUUUCAUUCCUAUCUUUAUUCUGACAUUUGUUUAGACAGGGCUUUGUUCGGAUAACAUUCAGAGUCUGUCUUCUACA